AACUGACGACUCUGUCUUGGGACCCUGGUAACGAAAAAGUGCCGAGUAAACCAACAUGGGUAGGGGGAAACUUUAGAUUUUCUUUCUUCCAUAGUUGUUCCGUUCAAGAGUUUUUAAGCAAAAUCCUCUCCUUUGUGGAUAGAAUAUUCUAUAUCAUAUUUGAAAAGAUCUUCUUCAGUCAUUAAAAUUGCAGAGAAAUGGUAAAUAAUACGACAAGAAAAAAUAUCUCAGUAGCCCUCCCCGGCUCAAAAUACCGCAUCAAAGGGGACUCCAACGGGCGCACUAUUUAAAUUUCACUAUUAGCCAAUCACAUCAACGCACUGUCUUUCUGCAGCAUGCAGCUCGGCUAUCAUGGCGGAUUUCGGUUCUCCGGGAACGCCAAGCAGACAUGAAAAAUCUCUCGGUUUGUUGACGACAAAAUUCGUUAGUUUACUACAAGAAGCCAAGGAUGGUGUCUUAGAUCUUAAAGUGGCGGCAGAUACUCUAGCUGUACGACAAAAGCGACGAAUUUACGACAUUACAAAUGUUCUUGAAGGAAUCGGACUGAUAGAGAAGAAAUCAAAGAAUAGCAUUCAGUGGAAGGGAGCGGGACCAGGCUGUAACACUAGAGAGAUAUCAGACAAACUUGUACAUUUAAAGGGAGAGCUAGAAACAUUAGAAGACAAAGAAAGAGAACUAGACGAACAAAGAUUGUGGGUUCAGCAGAGUCUUAAGAACGUUUCCGAAGAUCCAGAGAAUGAACAGCUAGCUUAUGUCACAUACGAAGAUGUAUGCCACAGUUUUAGAGGAGACACCUUGUUGGUUGUUCAAGCGCCAUCUGGAACGCAGCUUGAAGUACCAAUUCCAGAUACAACACCAAGUCCAAUUCAACAACAAAAGAAAUACCAGAUCCAUUUGAAAAGUCAGAGUGGUCCCAUCCAUGUGCUUCUGGUAAACAAGGACGCUGCUGCAAACAGUCCUGUUGUAACUCCUGUGCCUCCACCGACUAAUGAUGUCAACAACCAUACAGCAAUUAAGGGGGGUGACGAACCUAUGGAAAUCAGUGCCACUUCUAAACAUGCUAAUGAUGUCAAUUCUAAAGUUGGAGCUGUGAAGACUGAAGUGUUAGAGAGUAGUAGAGCCAAUGAGCUUAAAGAAGUUGCUAAUGAUAUUAUAUUUGGAAAUAGUCUCAAAGAAACAAGUAUUGCAGAAGAAGUUAUGGAUGAGUUUAUGUCAGCAGAAGUGUAUGCACCCCUUCUUCGACUAUCACCUCCUCCUGGGGAGCAUGAUUACUACUUCAACCUGGACGAUUCAGAAGGUGUCUGUGAUUUAUUUGACAUUCCAAACCUGGAUAUUGCAUCUCCAUUACCUGGAGCCAUGGCAUCGUCAUAAUGAUCUGAUUUACCAGUACCACGGUGUUGCAUGUCAAGCAUCCUAUCCAAUAUGGUUUGAAACAUUCACAUGCUUGUGCUUGUGGCUGCAGUAUAUGUCAAGUGGCUUGGAUACUUGGUGGAUUUGUGAUAUAUAUACAUUCAGCUUAUAGUUGGUAUCUGGUAGUUACAGAUCAUGUC